AUCACAUGACGUUGUUGCAAAACUGACGGGAGAGACAGUCUGUUCUUUUCAAUCUGAAUUCGCACACAUUUAGUCUUACGAUGUCAAAUCAUCCCAAUCGAUACAAAUGUCCAACAGCUGAAUGAAUGUCAUUUCCUCAAAAUGACGUAAUAUAGGGAUAGCAGACUGGCCCACACCCUAUCAUUCUGUGUAAAAAAAAAAAAAAAACUCCUUUGGUGUGUGUUAUGCAGUAGGACGUCCCAAAGUGUAGAACAUGGUAUGGGAACUUAAUCCCGCGCUGGGCUAUGGGAGCCCCAAGCCGGGCCUGUCAGAGUCGGCUCCAGAGAGGGACCACACAGGGCAGGACACAAGCAGGGUCCAGGAUCUGGAGCUGCUCCACUGUAACCUGCCCUCAUCACCAGGAGACCCCACCAGUGACAGCCACAUGGAAUAUGAUGAUCUCCCUGAGCUGCAGGAAGUAGUGGAGGACCAGUCCUCACCCACUGUGUUUCAGGUGGGAGUGUGUGUGUCCCACCAGGAGCGUGACGCCCACACCCACACAGCUCCCCCGGAUACACACUGGCUCACACAGCUGGCGCACAUAGCCACUGGCCCCCAGAGCCCUCUGCUACAGGGGUCCACCUACAGCAGGUCUUCUCCAGUCCAUAUUUUUGGCACCAGUAAUAAUCUACAUUCCUACGCCCGUCCACCCCUAACCUCCAGCAGCACUCCGUCCCCCUCUAGAGGCAACACAAGGGAGCGCAGGCGCAUCCGGGCGAGCAGUGAGUGUGAGUCGGCGAUAUCUGGGCGAUCUUCUCUGUCAGAUGACGAGGACAUGGACUGGUGUCACUCCUGGCCUCCCACUGCCUGGCAUGGCUUCCUCAAAGGCACGCGUCUGCGCUUCCACAAAGGCCCCAACAUGGAGUGGCAGGAUGCUGAUGACCUGGAGUCAGACAAUGACUCAGACAAUGAAGGAGAGACAGAACCCCACCCCUUGAAGGGCUACGGCUCAGAGGGACUCAGGCUGGUGGGUCACGAAGAGAGCAUCUCCUCCGGUCAGGUGGUCCUCAGGCUGACCUUUGACCCUGUCACAUCCCGGGAUGGUCUCCUGACCGCAGAGUGCCAACUGGACCACCCCUUCUACGUGAAAAAUAAGGGGUGGUCCUCGUUCUACCCGAGCCUGACCGUGGUGCACUAUGGGAUCCCGUGUUACGAGGUGCAGGUGGGCGACCUGUGUUUGCCUCCGGGACACAGAGAUGCAGCCCACACAGACGACUCUCUGGUGUUUGAUGCGUUCAGGAGUUACGACUUCACUCCCCUGGACUCGUCCGCUGUGUACAUGCUGAGCAGCAUGGCCAGACAGCGCCGUACCUCCCAGUCCAGCGGGGGCGCUGUCUCCCCGGACCCAGACCGACAGAGCUCCAGGGCCUCUCGCGCCUCCGCCAGCUCUCCCCAGCGCAGGCCAGCCAAGGGCCAGCAGGCCCAGAUACUGCCCGCCAAUGCCACGCCCAUCAAGUGCAAACGGCCAAUGAAUGCCUUCAUGCUGUUUGCCAAGAAGUUCAGGGUUGAGUACACUCAGAUGUACCCUGGGAAGGACAACAGAGCGAUCAGCGUGAUCCUGGGGGAGCGCUGGAAGAAGAUGAAGGGGGAGGAGAGGAGGGUGUACACCGUGGAGGCCAAGACCCUGGCCGACGAGCAGAAGAGACUGAACCCAGACUGCUGGAAACGCAAGAGGAACAACUCGGGUUCCCUGGCCAUCUAGGGAGAGGAGAGACAGAGGAGAGGGAGGACCAUACACACACACACACACCAUAAACAAAUUAAUGAAAGCCUCCUGCUUUAGGUAGACAGAUGUUUCUUUACUGUGACACUGUACAGUACAUGCUUGCUUUUCAAACCAAAUAGAAAGAAAACACAUGUAAGACAAAAAAACAACACCUCUUAUCUACUAACUGUGCUUGAACAUGAUAUAUAUAAAUAUAUAAACAUGAUAUAUAUUUUUUAUGACAAACUUGCCUUAAUCUUCCAAAGCGCAAAAUGUAUUAUUUUCUUCCGUCUUUUUAACAAACGUGUAUUUUUCAGGUAAUUUCAUAACCCAGGCUUGAAUAUAUAAACUGUGGUGCUGUAGCUUAGCGCGAGGAUGGGCAGGAGAGAUCCAAACAGAAGUCUAUUUUUCCACAGUGAUAUUCGCGAGACGUUUUAAGAGUGGUUUCGAUGUUUUCAGGUGUGUUUCUCAAAGUGUGUCCGACAGGAUACCUUAUUUGAACCUGGUGCCACAGCCCGAGGGGACCUUCAGAUGUCUAAUGAUUCUGAGGUGUUAUUGCUCUGUACAUGUGUAGGGGUGGGGAGGGAGGUG